CGAUGGUCAGGGCUUCUCUGAUGCGCCUCUCGUUUCGUACUCUACGUAUGUAAAAGUGGACAGUAUCGAGCUCACCGCAUGUGCCUUUAGUAUCGACGACAGUGUCAGCCCCAUUUCAUAAGGAACUAGGCGCUGCUCAUGAGAGGAGCGACAACUAUGAAAUCUGGAAGGUGAUGACAGAAGCAGUGGAGCGACAACUAUGAAAUCUGGAAGGUGAUGCCAGAAGCAGUGCUGAUGAGACCAGGGGGAUCGCAGUGGCCACAUAGUCGAAAUCUCGAUGGAACAUAAUAGCGGGUCCAUCUCAAAAGCGGAUCCAUCUGGAUGGAAAAUAAUAGCAUGGCUAUCUCCGAUUCGUCUUCUUCUACAACUGAUUAGACUCCUCUGGAGUUCAGAUGAGAUUUUGAAGACGGACGCUUCAAAUGACAUUCCAGAAGAAGAGAGUUCCAACGCACGUGCAACGGAGAAUUUAUUUACUAUGUCCGCCAAACGCAUGAAUGACAACCUGUUGGUGCUGUAUGAACCAUCGGAUGGACUACCUUACGACACGGAGAUAAUAUUUGUGCACGACCUAUAUACUGAAGGCUCUGAAGAUGCCUGGAGGACGACAUGGACCAACGACGAUGGCACAUGGUGGCCGAGAGAAUUCUUGGGAAAAAAGUUUCCGAGAGCUUGUAUAUUAUCGGUGUCUUAUGAUGCUUGUGUGACUUCAAAUAGUACCCAGGGCCGACUGGAAUCUUUGUCCAUCGUUGCAGAAAAUCUGUUAUUGAACUUUUUCCUUAAAUUUAGCAAUGUUGGGCAGACAAACAACUGCCCAGUUUUGUUCGUCAGGCAUGGUCUGGGAUGCUUCGUCAUUAAGAAUCUGAUGCUCAAAGCGUGUGAAAGAUAUACGCAUAACAAAGAGGAAAAGACGAAAUUGGUGAGGAACGUAGGAGGCUUUGUCUUCUAUUCUCCAUUCAACUCAGGAAUCAAUUGGGAUCUGUAUGCAUAUGAGUCUGGUCGAAGGAAUUCACAGACGGACUGCAUAACACCAAACAGUGCAGAAUUUUCUAGACUUAAUGAAGCUUUCGCAAGCCUUCAACACCGUAUGCAGGAGAAGCAAAAGUCGAGGAAGUUGUGGUCGGUUUUGACCAUCUGCGAGUCACAUGAAACAGCAUCCAGAACGCGUGGCCGCUCGCAAAGAUCAGGAACCUUUAUUACAGAGGCAACGGCAAGAUUGGAAAGCGAUAUGUUCCUGCUUGGAGUUGGUGACCAAUUUAAUGUCUGCAAACACCAGUCAACAGGAGACGUUGGAUAUCAAUCCUUAGAACAGCGACUGAAUUCUAUCCUGAAGAAUUAUAGAAAGUCUAGUUCCAACUUCAUGCCCGAAUUUCAUCCGACAAAUGAUGAAAACUUUUUGAGGUCAGUUCCUCCCCGGGAGCUGUUCAUGGACCACUCUCCUGGCAGACUCCGUUCCUACACUUACGGAUCCUACUAUUCCUACAAUUCCCACAAUACCUACAAUAUCUACAAUGUCACAGUCCAUCAUGGAGGCUGGGAUGAGAUAUGACCAACAAAGAUAUGGUGUCGACGGAUCCCUGGAUUACCAAAUAAGGGAGAACGAAGCUUUUCUUGCCCAUUUUGACCCUGGAACUAGAGGACUGCUAUACAAGGAGCACACCCCUCCGGCAAGCACUGAAUGUGAACCCAAAAACAACGUUCGCUGCAUCCAAGAAGAAGCUAUGAAGGUCGAGGGCAAUUGCAGUUAUGCUUGUAAAGUUGUACCAAAUCGUGUUGGUUUUUAAUUUGUGGGAUGAAGCUAGGGAGUCAAACUGUCUAGGAAUGAUGUAAAUAUGGCCUGAUGUGAAAUGCACGUGCGAAUCAGUGUGUAAUGUUUUGUAGAACUAGUUUGUCGCAUUUAUCAAUGCCAAUGAAAAAGAAAUUCGCCAGGUCUACGUUCUGGUAUACAGCUGGUUCUGAUCGGGGUGAAACAUACGUGUUGAUAACCGAGAACUAGAGCUAUGCGGCCAAACUGUGCGGCCAAGGUAUAGGUGAUGACAGCCUGUAGGUAAGCUGUAUGAUUCGAUGAAAAGAUUGGUCGUAAAGAAAGAUUAAAACUGAGUUCCAUUCAUUUUCUAUUCCAUGAAGAAAAUUUUUGAAAGGAAAUGAACGAAGGA